AUGGUUGCAUCACUGGAGCUGGAAGCUGACUCCCUCGACCAUCUCAAAGAUUGCAGAGACCUGUCAGCUGUUGAAUUGAUUAGAAGCAAUAGCAUUGCCACCAAACUAAGAACUUUGUAUAGAAUGCAAGAGUCUGUUUGGCAACAGAAGUCAAGGGUGCAGUGGUGCAAGCUUGGAGACAAGAACACACGUUUUUUUCAUUUAGCUGCAACAAUAAGACAGAAAAGGAACCAGAUGUUAUCCCUGGAGGUUGACGGCAAGUUGUUGUCUAAUCCUGUAGAUAUGAAGAUAGUUGUCUUCAACUUUUUCCGUAACUUAUAUUCCCAUCAUGAUAGACCAAGGCCCUCACGUUAUCAUCUGAAAUUUCAAAUGCUACAGCCCUCAUCCUCGGCUGCUCUGGAAUGCCCGUUCUCUGCAGAGGAAAUCAAAGCUGCGGUUUGGAACUCAGAAGGAAAUAAGGCACCAGGUCCUGAUGGUGUUAAUUUUUUCUUCAUCAAGAAAGCUUGGAGUACUAUAGGCGGGGACAUUACCCGAAUGGUUGAAGAAUUUUAUCAAUCUAACCUUCUCCCUUCAAGCAUCAAUAGCUCCUUUAUGACCCUCAUCCCGAAGAUAAAUUGUGCUGUAAAGUUAGCGGAUUUCAGACCUAUCAGUUUGGUGGGAAGCUUGUACAAGAUUAUAUCAAAGAUGCUGGCAAUCAGACUGAAACAUGUUAUGCCAGAAGUUAUAACAAACAAUCAAACUGCUAUCAUUAUUAAAGGGAGGCAAAUACUUGACAGUGUAUUGAUUGCAAAUGAGGCUAUUGCUUACAUCAAGGCAAAACGGGGUAAAGCUUAUCUCUUCAAACUUGACUUUCACAAAGCAUUUGAUUCUGUUAUAUGGGAAUACAUUAAUGAAGUCAUGGCUAGUAUGGGUUUUGGAACUAGAUGGCGAGGGUGGAUUAUGCAAUGUAUUUCCAUAGCAAAGAUGGUUGUUCUUGUUAAUGGCUCUCCCACAAAGGAAUUCAGUUUGGAAAAAGGAUUACGCCAAGGAGAUCCUCUCUCUCCUUUUCUCUUUAAUAUUGCAGUUCAGGGAUUGAAUUGCAUGCUGCAGCGUGGUUGUGGUAUGGGAUUGAUUGAGGGACUAAAUUUCAGCAAGACUGGUCCUGCCCUAUCUCACCUGCAGUUUACGGAUGAUACCCUUAUAUUCAGUUCAGCUUCCCUAUCUAGUUUACAGAACAUAAAGCGUAUCCUUUUGUGCUUUGAACUUAUAUCGGGGCUGAAAGUUAACUUCUAUAAAAGCAGUAUUAUUGGAGUGGAUAUUGAAGAUCAUGUAUGUUGCCACUCAGCGCAGAUCCUUAGAUGCAAGCAAGAACAACUCCCCAUCACAUUUCUUGGUCUCCCCAUCGGUGCAAAUAUAAAAAGAAUUUCAAUGUGGAAGCCUAUUAUCCGCAACAUCAGCUGCAGGUUGGCUGCAUGGAAAGGCAGAUUUCUAUCCAUUGGGGGUAGACUAUGUCUACUUAAAUCUGUCCUAAGUAACCUACCCAUCUACUAUUUAUCUCUAUUUCUCAUGCCUGCAACAGUUGCAACAACAAUUGAGAGGAAGUUCAAAGCCUUUCUGUGGUCCGGAAAAGAGGAAAGCAGGAAAUUAUGCAAUGUCAGCUGGACAAUAGUGACUCUUCCGAAAAGGAUUGGGGGAGCUGGAAGCACAUGGACGCGUAUGAUCAACCAUUGCAUUAAAGACAACAGGUUACAAGAGAUUGUGUCUCAUCAAUCUAUGGUUCUUAUUGGAAAUGGCAAGAGAACAGUGUUUUGGCAUGAUACUUGGCUUGCCAAUUACUGUCUUGCAAAUCGUUUCCCUACUCUUUACCAUUUAUCCAAUGAUAAAGAUGCCAACAUUGAUAAGAUGGGAAUGUGGGAUGGUAGUGGUGUUCCUCACAGCCGGCAGGGAAGGGAAGAGAAGAAGGAGACGAUCCCGAUCCACCAGCUUGCUGGUCUUCGCCGGCGGCGGCGCGUGGACCCACGCGCCGCCGCUGUUCAGACGACACCAAGGCUGUGCAGCACUGUUCCCGAGGAUUUCUCUAAGAAAGCAUGGUUGAUGUUGUUUUUCUCAGUGGCGUGGUCCCUUUGGCUUCUUCGAAAUGACCUGAUCUUUCAACAAAAGUCACCGAACUAUGAUUCAGUUUUCUUCCUUAUCAUCACUCGGCUAUGCUUAUGUUUGAAAGCACUUCAUCCUGACUUUCCUUACUCCCCUUCAGACCUGUUAAGAUUGGUAGAAGGUUUGAUUCGUUGGUCCAAUAUUCAGUUUACUAGAACCGGUGUGAUAUGGUCUCCUCCAACCAUUGACAGCUUCAAGUGGAACGUGGAUGGCUCUUCUCUUGGAAAGCCUGGACUCUCAGGUAUAGGUGGUGCCCUACGAAACCACCAUGGUCAUCUCCUUGGUAUUUUUUCCUUGCCAGUAGGGAUACUAGAUUCGAACAUAGCUGAAUUAAGAGCUGUUGUCAAAGUUGUUGAGCUCUCAUCCUCAAAUUGUCUUCUUUAUCAUAAACAUAUUACUAUUGAAUCUGAUUCUGCCAAUGUAAUGAACUGGAUGCACAAUUCUCAUAACAGGCCAUGGAUGCACCGAGAUCUCUUCUCCACAGUUCAGAGAUUGACUAGAUUUUUUGGCUCAAUUACUUUUUCUCAUGUGUACCGUGAGAGCAAUAGUCUGGCAGAUUGUAUGGCUAAGCAGGGAGCUGCUAAAGGUGCUCCACUUCAGAGGUUCAGAUUCACUAGAGAGAUGAAUUGGAGACUCUUGGAAGUUUCCCCUGAUUUUUGUUGUGAUGGUUAUCUUGUACUGGAAAAGGAUAAAUUUACUGCAAGGGCUUCAAACAUGAAAAACGAUGUUGAACAGGCAAGGGCAUCAAACAUGGAAGACGAUGAGUCAAGUGCUCCAAACAAGGGAAAAUUUAUUGAUGUCGGAAGUGAUUCAGACAUUGAUAAGGAUAUUAACAACUUAAGUGCUUCAAACGAAGGAAAGGAUACAGCAAGUACCUCAAGUAUUUCUAACCCGGAACUCAAAAUUGAGAUGACUAGCAAGAUUUUGGCACAUCUGCAUAAUAAGAUGGAAGGGCUGACCUCUCAACAGGACCGGGCUGAUUGUUGUAUAUACAGGAUGCCCAAAUCGCUUCGAGGCGUAAAUUGGAAAGCCUACUCCACUACUGAUUUGAAUAGGUCCUCUUCACCGCGAGACUAA